AUGAUUGAUUUAUACUAUGUUGCCGUGGGCUGUCUACUUGUCUAUAUUUGUGUAUUGAUUGCAUUGAAUCGAAUUCCACAUGUUUCCAUUGGAUAUAUUGGAUUGUUGUCAAUACGACAUGUUACAAUUGAACUUAAUACGACGACGAUAUUUAUUAAGAAAUUAGCAUUAAGGUUCAACUUUUUGAAAAGUAGAAAGAAAUCAGGAUUGAAAUUGAUAAACUUUGAAGUCAUUGAUGUUAAUGUUACCCAAAGAAAUGACCAGAACCAGUUAAAGAAGAAAGACAAGUUGGGAGAGAUGAAGGAUAUUUCAAUAGAAGAUCAAUUAUAUUUUAGAAUACCCAAAAGGUUCUUCGAUUAUAUUAUCUCAACAGGUAUCAUCAACAACAUUAAUAUUCGUAUAUUUAGAUGUUCAAUUUUCCUGGAGAAAUUUCAUCACGAUUUGUUGGUUUUCUUAGAUUAUACUCGAUUGGAGGCUAAAUUGGAUGCAAAUAAUGACAUACGAUUUACAGUAACAUUGGUAACAGGUUCAUUGCAAAGCAAUUCUACUCAAGAACUAAAAGCAAACUUAUACAGAAAUGUGGAAUUUUAUAUAAAUUGUAAGACAAUUGCCACUUGUGCUGUGAAUAAUACUAAUUUGAUUGAUGUUCACCUAAGUGAUUUUAAAAUUUCAUUGUCGAUUGGACGAUUAAAUAUACCGUUAGCUGUAUUUCAGAGAGACAGUGAUAAAAAUGUGACAUUUACUGAUAGUAGUGAUCAAAGAAGGGGUUCUGAAGAUGAUGGGUUGAAAGAGGACAUUGAUUUGACAAAAUAUUCAAAAAUGAUUCAAGAUAUUAUGAAGGUAUACACGCUUACUGAAUUAAGAUUGGAAGAUUCUACAUUAUCUAACGCAUCAAUGAGUAUGAACUUGUCUAACUUUGUUAUGUCUUUGACAAAAAUUGAAAAGGAAGACUCAGAUAACCUUAAGUUAUCCAUUUAUGUGGCAUCAUAUAAAAUUUUCCAUAAAGGCACUAAAUGUUUUGAAUUGCCGUCAGGUACAUUGUCAUAUGAAGUGAAUCCAGUACAGGUGGUUCAAGUCUCACAGGUCCUACUCAAUCAUGAGGGAGCCAGUACCGAAACGAUCAAUUUUGAUUUGUCGGUCAUGUUAACAAACCCAACAUUUGAUUUUUACUAUGACCAACAAGAAAUUAUAUUUGCAAUAUUGCGUAAUAAUAUGACAAAACGAAGAAUGAGGAGGAUGAGAAAAGCAGCAGGGGUAGAUAGGAAAGAUGAAAUCAUCACUAAGCUUAUUUUGGCUUCAAAAAUGUUGAAAGAAAUUUCCACAAGAUUAGUUAUUGUUGAUACAACACUUCAUAUACAUCUUCCACCGUUGUCAUCACCAAGGGAUGAAGAAUCAGAAUUUAAUAGAAUGUCGAAGGACAAUCUAAAGAUUACAUUCUCGUUACUGGCAUUAAUACAUAAACUCUUUACCAAGAAUUAUCAGAAAUUAUUUCGAAGUAGGAAUAAAGCGAGAAAGAAGCCAUCUAUAGAUGCAUAUUUCAAAUUGAAGGAAUUCAGUGGAGAAGUAGAUGGGAAUCAAACGCAAAUCUCCAAGAUUGACGCGCUUAUGGCAUAUAAUCUCCAAGAUAAUUCUAUAGCUAUAAAGGUGGCCAGCAAGACAAUGAGUAUUAGUUCUGUGAAUGAUAUCAUAUUUUAUACUGUUCGGCAAUUCCGAAAUAGGCAAAGAAUCUAUUUUAAUCAAAAGUACACUGAGAUCAUGAAUGAAAUUGAAGCAUAUCCUGAUGAAAGUGAAAGCAUUUUGGAGGGGUUAGGUCAGGAUGGAGACGACGAGGUUAGGUACGUGAAAUUAUUUGAGUUCCUUCCUUCAAUAAUCUCGUCAGUGAAGAUUGAUUUAAAGACUAUUCUUGUGGAUAUCAUAUGUAAAGAAGGAUUACCAAAUCAUAUCAUAUUUGAUGAAAAGUUAAAAAAAGAAGUUAAUUUGGCAGAUUUCCGUCGUGGUGUGUCAUUGAAAAUUUCAGAUGUAGGAUUCAAUUAUUCGCGGUCCAAAGAAUUACUAGAUUCAUCUGUGAAAUCGAUUCAAUUGUUUACAUUAAGUGAAUAUCUGUCUGAGUACAUUGAUGAUUUUGACCAAGUGAGUGACUUCCAUUUAGACUCUGACUUCAAUGAUUUAUCUACUAUAAGUUCAAUCUCAAGUUCGACAAUUGGUGAUUUUGGUGAAUAUGAGGAAGAAGAAAGUAGUAGCAUCAAGAGAAUUAAGAAUGUGUUACAUAUUCGAAAUUUAUCCAUUUCAAAUAAUAAAUCUGGUGACAGGAAAGCAGAUCCAAACAGAUUGAUGGUAUCGGUUUCCGAGAUCGACUCUCGAGUUGACAUGUUUUUCGUGUGGUGCAUCUUUUACGCUAAGACAUUGUUAAAACAAUUCGCCCCUACUGUAGAAAGCAAUUGUAGUAAGGAAGCUCUCAAAAGAAUUUCGGGGCCAUCAAAAGUGGUUAAGUUGGAUGUGGUUUUAGAUUCGGUUUCGCUUGUGGCACGUUUACCCAACAAAGUUGACAUUCUAAUUGAAGUGGAUUCAGCACAAUUACGUAAUGCUAUAGUUUUAAAAUCGGUCGAAAUCAAUCACAUCAGAUUGUAUGUUGUUCACCCAGCCACUAAAUUAUGGGCAAGAUUAUUGGUGAUAUCACAGCCUCUUUUCAGUAUUGAUGUAUCAAAAACUUACCACGAUGGAAAAUUUGAAAUCCUGCCACAGGCAAUUAGGUUUGAAAUUCCAAAUCAGUUCUUGUUUUAUACUGUGAUUGACAAUUCCAUCUCAUUUUUCAAAGCUAUUAAACAGCUUCUGCAUAAUUUUAAGUUUUUUCAUAUUGGAUUUGAGAGAUUUGAUCGAGUGUUCCCUGGUGAAAAUUCCGCAGUGAAGUUCCCUUAUGUGAGAAUAAAGACUCCUAUCUUGGGAUUGAUUUUGGAGAAUGACCCUUUUGAAAAUGAAUUGGCGAUGAUUUAUGAAAUAGGGGCUAUCGAACAGAGAUUGAGGUUGAAGAAAUUGAAGGAGUUUGAGAAGAAAUCAGAGGAAAUUCUAGAAGGUGCAAAAUGUGACGAUGAAGGAAUCGAAGAAAAGAUCGAACUUUCAAAUGAGCAAGCUCCAAAUAAUGCUCCAAGAAUUAAUAGUACAUUGAGAACGUUGACUUCAAAUUCAAAGAAUAGCGGAAGUCCCACUAGGAACCUGUCUCUGGGCAGCGAAACCAAAGUGUCACAGGGAUCUUCCUUGUUUAAAGAUAAGAUUUUCAGAAGGAGAAGACAUAAGCAAAUUGAAGAUAUUGCUGAAGAAGAUGAACAAGAAAUGGGAGGAUAUACAGUUGAAGAUGCCGAAUUGAGAAUUGAGGAAGCAAAACGGCGAUUGUAUCAAAACUUCUCUUGCACGUGGAUUUCCAAAUUCAGAGUAUUUAAGCAAGAAAGGCAGUGUCUGUGGAAGAAGAGAGGUGAAGCUGUUUGGGGAAAAGAUGAAAUCAGUCAAGUUAUGAAAGAUAAAUAUGAAAUAUUGGACCAUUCCGUUGGAAUUCCAUUGAUGGGAGCUGUGUUUCGUGAUUUUGAUUUGGUCUUGGAUAAGUUUACGCAUACGCAGGAUCUUGACAAAUUUUUGUAUGAUUACGCCAAGCAACAGCCAAAGCUAGUCUAUUCUAUCCUAUGUCCAUUCUCCCUUGAUUUAAAAGCCAGGAAAUUAUAUAUGUUCCUUCGAGACUAUCCGAUACCCUUGGUUUCGUUUCCGACAAAUAGCGAUCCAACAAAACCAACCAUUCAUGUGCAAGCAAAUUUGGUAAUAAAUGAAAAGCUAUUCGAACGUAAGGAGGAAUUAAGACAUAUUUUUGUAGGUUAUUCUCCUGCAAUUGAUCCCAACGUUCACAAGGUUGAUAAUUUUUAUUCGGUCUAUAUCCCAAGAACAUUAACACCUGUGAAACUCGCUUGCGAUCUUCGUUGUGAUUUAAAUGCUGAUAGAGCAUGUAUGAUAAGUUGGUGUAAAUCAUAUCAACCAAGUUUGAGUAUGAUGUUUCAAGCUUUUGACAACUUCACGAAGCCGGCUAUUGAUGAUAGUCCAUUAGGAUGGUGGGAUAAAGUUCCAUUAAUGAUGCAUGGCAAAUUCCAAUUUAAUAUUCCGAACGAAUUGUGUCUCCAUAUGAAGAGUUCCACGGAUCCCCAUGAUUUGGUUGGGAGGGCUAGUGGAUUUGUUUUUUGUUGGAAGAAUAAUGUGACGUUGACUAUAGAUGCUACUAAGAACAAUAGCAAGGAGUUGAUUGUUUUGGAAAGUGAUGAUUUUAUGUUUGCAGUUCCUAAUUAUUCGGACCAAGAGAGAAAUAUUUGGAGUUUAUUUUAUGACGAGCAUGAUGAUCUUAGUCAGCAUGAAGAUUUGGAGGCGAAGAAAUUCUACAAACGAGUUAUUAAAUUAACGUCCGAUGAUAGGGUCAAGUGGAUUUUCGGAAUGAUGUUUGAGAGGAAUAAACAUCCAACGACGAAGGCUUUGUCGGAUCAAGAGAUUAGAGUUUCGAAAUUUAAACCCCAUUAUGAAAUUGUAGUCACUAAUCCUGCCGAAGAUUAUCACCCAGAUUCAUAUGAAGGAUAUCGGUCUGACUAUAUUCAUAUGUCACUUGCAGUUAUUUCAAAGUCUAAAGCCGGUAACUCACAUAACGCAAUUUAUUUAUCACCCUUAACAUUCCAGUAUUUCUUUUAUUGGUGGGAUCUAUUAAUUCAUCAUAAUGUAAUGCCCGUAAGAAAUGGAAGUUUGUUUCAGGAUAGAAACCAGGUGAAAAAGUCUCAUGUUAAGAUGGGUCCGCAUUUGUUCACUAUUAAGUAUCAACUUGUAUUCAACCCAGUUAUUGUUUCCCAUAUGUAUAUACACUCGACUAGUGAUGUACCCGACAAGAAUAAUAGGAUUGCGUUUACUGGUCUAAAGGGGAAAUUUACUAAAUUCGAAGUUGAUCUUCAUCAAAGAAAGGAAACUGUGAUAUAUUUGAAUAAGAAAUUACAUAGACAGACUAAAGUGAGACAUUUGAAAAUGAAUCAAGCUGAAAUUAAUCUAGAGAAUGCAGAUGUUAGAUUAUUGAACGCUAUUUUCCCUGAUAAGUGCAUAACUGCACGCUUGGUCACAUAUUUAGAUGGGUCAAAAUCAUCAACUGGAUCCUCGACAACAACCUCAAGUAGUCUGUCUGGUGGAGACAAUUAUAAGCAAACUUUCCUGGGAUGGGUAGAUACAAUUGAAAUGUCCGACAAUGACUUUUCCUGGAUUGAUCAUGAUGAUUUUGUUGAACUAGAACUUAAAAAAACUCUUUCUCCCUAUCCUAAGAUUAAAGUUGUUCCGUUUUUCUUCACUCCAAGAUUUAGUUAUUUUAGAGAGUUUGCAUUGCAAAAGGAUGGUCCUUUCCCAUUUGGUAACGAGACUAUCCAUGACUGUUUGAUGGAUUUGACUAAGCCAGCGGAAGUUCAAAGGCAGAUUCUUCGAGAAAGAAUUGAUUUAUUGGAAGAUGACUUGACUAAUAAAGAGGAUUUUCUUCGGAAGUUGAGAAUCCAGAAUGCUCCCGAAUAUCAAUAUUAUAUAAAUGUUACUGAAAAGGAGAUUCAGAUGUUAAAAGAAAAAUUGGAUGUCGUUUACGAUGCGUGGAGAAGUUUCGAGGAAGUGGCGGAUGAUAUAACUGAUGAUGAUGGAAAUACAUUGUUGCUGAAACAGGCUUCUGGAUUAUCUGCUUAUUCUAGCCAUAGGUCACAAUCGGACUUACUAGAAGCAAUAUCGCAUAGUCAUGGGGUAGUGGAAUUCCAUAAUCGAUUUAUUAUUCAUAAUCUUCAACUUAAAUGGGAUGACAGAAUACGAGAACUAGCAGUGGAGUAUUUACAAAGUGUAUCUGACCGGAAAAAUGCUGUAUAUUUUAUGAGUAAUUCAGCCGUUGAUUUAGUGGAGAGUAUUAUCAAUGAAACUCUCCAGGGUAAUGCAGGUGAACCUAUCAGUAUGAAACGUAACCAUUCUUAUAAAGAGUUUAAGAAAUCGGAAGAGAUAAUUGAUAGUUUUGAGGAUGAGAUAGAUGAAAUUAGCAAUCCAAACCAACAAGAAGCAGAAUAUAAAUAUGUAGUCAAGUUGAUCAAUCCUCAGAUCCAGUUAGUUAGCGAUAAGAACCCUGAUUCAUGUGUUUUGAUUACGUCUCGAGACCUCGAGAUGAGAAUAUUGGGUAUUAAUCUUAAAGACACGGUUAAUGUAUUGAAUAGUGAUGUCGAGAUGACUGGAGUGGUGGAAACGAGAUAUGGGGUUUUAUUCCGCGAUGCUCAGGUAUUUGUAGUAGGUAAGGAUGAUAGUGCAUUAACGAAUCCAAAAUCUAAAUUUACCCUGGGAUACUCCUCUUCGGAGAAUAAUUGGCCUCCAUGGUUUGAAUGUGAGGUUUGUUAUGACGGAUCGUGGGUACAUAGUUAUAUGGUUUCUGAGCGAAAUUCAAUGGCGCUUAUUUUUAAAGAACCGAAUCCACUUUUUCUUGAUUCAUCAUCAGGGUCCAGUUCGGUGGGUGGUGGUACGAUAUUGCCCGAGAAUGAAAUAACAGUAUAUUUGGCGAAGUAUGUUAUCAAUGCCACGUCAGCGCAAUAUUCAAGUAUAUAUUAUGUCAUUACUGAUCUAUUGGUGUAUUCUAAAACAGGAAAAGAUAAUAUGACUGGAAGGUUACAAAAAGUGAUGACGCUUUCAGAUUCUGAUGAUUUUAGAGGAUUAGAUAUUCGUAUCCGAGAACUUCAACAACUGAUUCGUGAAUAUAAACUGGUUUUAUUAUCAAUUGAUGUCAGGCGAAUUGUAUUGGAUGAAAAAGAUCGACAAUGUAUGAAUGUUUUAGAAUUAGAAGUCGAGAGAAUGAGAUGGGAGUUGCUACUUUUGAUGAAGGGGUUAAGAUUACGGCAUAAGUCUAAAGCAAAGCAAACAGCUAGGUAUUGGGAUAUUGUUGCUGAUCAAGUGAUCUGGCAUUUACUUGAUGAUAAUAGGGAACCAUUUAUUGAUUUUGCUUUGGCUGGUGCAAGAUAUCAUCGUGUUGAUUCCAUAGAUGGAAGUAAGUUUAACAAAGUUGAGAUAUCGAUGGUUCAGGGAUUUAAUUUGCAGAAUAAGACAGUUUAUCCACAAUUAUUGACUCCUUAUUUGGAAGAGAAGGUUAUUCAAUCUGAGCAAGAAAGGAAUAGAGAAGGCUGUACAAAUGAGAAGCCAAUUGUGAGCAUUGCAUGGACAAUGUUGGAUGCUGUUGGUGGGAUUUCGAUAAUUAAGGAUGCAAAAUUGGAUAUUGAGCCUUUGAGACUUGAAUUGGAUUAUACUACAGCUAAGAGGUUGGUAUCAUAUUUAUUCCCGGAUGAGAAUGAAGCAACAUUUGUUGAUUCUAGUGGUGAUAACGAUGAGGAAGUUGAUGAAGAUGAAGAGGAAGCAGCAAGUAGUAUUCAAUCGUCUGGUACAUCUCGAGCUUCUCGAAAUCCUUUGAGAAAAUUACUUUCCAAAACAAGAGCAUUUUCCAAUAAUUCCAGUGGAAAUUCUAGUAAUUCUUCAAAUGGUUCAACUACACUGUCCAGACAAAGCAGUAGUCAGACACGAGCAUCAUCUGAGCAGAGUAGCUCAGCGGGUACUUCUUCUCAAGAGGAUGAUUCUUUGGGACUUGGACAAGGACCAAAGUGCAAGUUUAUGAAGGUGCAUAGAAAGAGAUUAGACGAUAGUAAUGACGAAGAUAACCUUGCCAUAAUAAUUGGAAGAUCUAUGAAAUAUAAAUCAAUCAUUGAUAUUUCUGUACUGAACUUUACAUUGUUUGUUAGUUUUACUGGUCCCAAGAGUAUGCAUUUAUUGGAUGUUGAUAAAUUAGUGAUCAAUGUGCCCAAUUUAAGGUACUCUAAUAAGAUUUGGUCAGCUGAAGAGUUUAUGGAUAGAUUAAAGAAAGAUAUCAUUAAAGUUAUAAUCAGUCAUACAGGGAAAAUCCUUGGUAAUAAGUUUAAGCCCAAGAAACGGAUACUGGUCAAUGAGCCCUUGAAGCAGAUUUCCAAUUACGGUAAGUAUAUGACUUUGGAUGAUUUACAGAAACAGGGACGUGAAAGAAGAGUUUCAUUGAUACCUCAAGAAGUUCCAGAAUCACUGCCUACACCCCAAUCCGUGUUGACUCGAAAACAAUCUAUGAUAACCAAAACUGAGGCCACAGACGCUACUUAUGCUACAUAUCUCGCCGGAAACUCUACUUUGGAUGACGGCGAAGACGAAGAAUUUGAUGAUGCACUGCAAUAUUAA